AUGGGCAAGUCGGUGUUCUCCGUCCCCAUCUUCUUCAUCGUCUUCCGCGAGACGCUCGAAGCCGUCAUCAUCGUCUCCGUCCUCCUCGGCCUCGUCGAGCAGAUCGUCCUCGACCACGACAAGAAGUUCCGCACGCCCAUCGCCGAGGCGCCCUCCCCGUCUGCUGCCGAGGAAAAGUCCGCCGUUGCUGGGCCGAGUACGACGGCGACGACGGCGCAGGAGGACGAUGUGGAGAGCGCGUUCAAUAAGCGCCGGUUGAUCCGCAAGAUGCGGAUACAGAUCUUUGCGGGCGCGGGCGUUGGGCUGUUCGUCGCGCUUGCGGUCGGCGCGGCGUUUAUUGCGGUGUGGUUCACGCAGGCUGCUGAUCUUUGGAGCAAGUCGGAGGAGCUUUGGGAAGGUAUCUUCUCGCUCAUUGCGUCGCUCAUCAUCUUGGUCAUGGGCGUUACGAUGCUCAAGCUUGACCGCGCAAAGGCCAAGUGGCGCGUCAAGCUUAUGCACGCAUUCAACAAGGCCGAACACGCUGAUCGCACAUCCGUUUCGAGCAAGUGGGGUCUGUUCAUCCUGCCGUUCAUCACUGUGAUGCGCGAGGGUCUCGAGGCCGUCGUCUUCGUUGGUGGUGUUGCACUCGGACAGUCGGCCACUGCUAUUCCGCUUGCUGCUAUCAUCGGUCUUAUCUGCGGUCUUAUCGUCGGCUACUUCAUCUACGCGUUCGCGAGCCGAGCCACUCUUACUGUCUUCCUCAUCGUCAUGACCAACUUCAUCCUCCUCAUCGGCGCUGGUCUCUUCAGCCGCGCAGUCUGGGACUUCCAGACGAACGCGUUCAACCACCUUCUUGGUGCGGACGUGGACGACGCUGGAGGCGAUGGACCCGGCUCGUACGAUGUGCGCGGGAGCGUGUGGCAUCUUGACUGCUGCAACCCCGAGAACAACUUCGAUAACGGUGGCUGGCAAGUCUUCAACGCUCUCUUUGGCUGGACGAACUCUGCCACCCUGGGUUCCGUACUCGGCUACGUCUUCUACUGGAUCGCAGCCAUCGUCAUCCUCAUCUACCUCAAGUUCAAAGAGGGAAGGACGAGGCUUUUCGGGUACGAGAGCGCCGCUGGCAAGGCGCGCCGUAUCAGGAUGGAGGAGCGCGACCGCGAGUCCACUGAUGGCAAGGCGUCGUCCGAGGGCGAGGCUGGUCCAGGCGUGUCUGAGUUGCCGAGAUAA